GUGUUGCUGACUCUACCCGAGCUCUACCGUGUUAACUACUUCCACCUCUCCUCCAGGCCACUGCUCAUGCUGGAGCAGCUCCUCAUGAAUAUGAAAGUGGACUGGGUAGCUGUGGCUGUGCAGACACUACACCAGCUCUUAGCUGGACAGGAAAUUGGUUUUGCUGUAGAAGAUAUUGAUAACUUGCUCUCCAAGUAUGCAGAAAAAGCCCUUGACUUCCCUUUCGCAUUAAAAGAAAAGAGAUCAGAUUCUGUCAUACGUAUCCAAGAGAGUCUCAGUCAAAUAUUGGAGUGUGAAGCACUGUCUAAAUCAGCAUCACCAGAACCAUCUUAUGCCAGCUUUAGUGGCAUUACUACGUCUGCAAGUUCCAGAGAUAGAAGCCUGCAGCAGAAUUUGCCUCCUCAAGAAUUUGUACCACCUGAGAAGCCACCACCAAAACAGCAAUGGAUACCCGAUGACACUGAAAUGAUCUGUAUGGUCUGCAAAACUGAACGCUUUACUAUG